ACCACCCUGCUCUCUUCUCCUGCAGGAGGACUACCACAAGCUCCUCACCAAGUAUGCCGAGGCCGAGAACACCAUCGACCAGCUGCGCCUCGGGGCCAAGAUCCACCUGUACUCGGACCCGCCCCAGCCUAGCCACAGCACCCACAUGGGGACGGUGCCCCAGGGGACCAAGGUCUUGUCCUUCACCAUCCCCCAGCCCCGCUCAGCAGAGUGGAGGCCCAGCCCCGCCAAGCAGCCCCAAGCCUCGGAGGCCGCAGGGUGGCCCACGGCCCAAGGAGAACUGAGCCCCUCCUCACACCCCAACAU